AUGUGAGAAGGAGGGAGGAAGCCAAUAUCUUAAACAGACAGAGAAAAGGGGGACUUGCAGACGAAAGAAAAGCAAAGAAAAAAUCUGUAAAGUGACAAUCGUGGAUAUUUUUUGGGAACUAGCAGCUGGAUCGAAAAGAAAAGAAGAGGAGCAUCUGGAGAAUCUAAGACCAACCUUCAUUAGUGCCCAGUCUGUUUAAUUACUAAAAUGGAUGGGUUAACUGCUGUCAUUGUCCGUGGCUUUAAAUGUCCUCUGCCAUGGCAAAACGCGAGGCUGGAAGCACCAGCCCUGUGGUGCGUCAGAUAGACAAGCAAUUUCUGGUCUGCAGCAUCUGUCUGGAUCACUACAGCAACCCCAAGGUCCUGCCCUGUCUUCACACCUUCUGUGAAAGUUGUCUCCAGAACUACAUUCCCCCAGAGUCUCUGACCCUGUCGUGUCCAGUGUGUCGGCAGACAUCUAUCCUGCCAGAGAAAGGAGUUUGUGCUCUACAGAACAACUUCUUCAUCACUAAUCUCAUGGAGGUUCUUCAACGAGACCCAGAGUGCUCGCGGCCAGAGGCCUGCAGUGUCCUUGAGUCAGUCAGCGCUGCAGCUGCAGGGAAGCCCCUCUGCUGCCCAAACCAUGAGGGAAAGGUGAUGGAGUUCUACUGCGAGUCGUGUGAGACAGCCAUGUGUCUGGACUGUACAGAGGGCGAGCACCGGGAGCAUGUGACUGUUCCUCUGCCGGAUGUUGUAGAACAGCACAAGGCUGCGCUGAAGACACAGCUGGAUGCCAUACAAAGCAGGCUCCCUCAGCUGACAGCAGCCAUCGAGCUGGUGAGUGAGAUCUCUCGCCAGCUGAAUGAAAGGAAGACUGAGGCGGUCGCAGAGAUUACCAGUACGUUUGAGGAGCUGGAGCGGGCACUGCAUCAGCGCAAGACAGCCCUCAUUACAGACCUGGAGAACAUCUGCAGCACUAAGCAGAAGGUCCUGCAGGCCCAGCUUUCAUCUCUCCUCCAGGGGAAAGAACACAUCCAGAGCAGUUGCAGCUUUACGGAGCAGGCUCUCAGCCAUGGGAGUGCUACCGAGGUGCUGCUAGUUCAGAAGCAGAUGAGUGAGCGGGUAACAGCGCUGGCCAGACAUGACUUCCCAGAGAGACCACACCAGAAUGCGCACCUGGAUUGUCAGGUGGAGACUGAAGGUCUGCGCCGCUCCAUCCAGAACCUGGGUGUUCUCAUCACCACAGCCGCUGUGGCUCACACCUCCGUCGCCACGGGAGAGGGCCUCCGCCACGCAGCAACUGGGCAGCACCACACGAUUACUGUGACAACAAAAGACAAGGAUGGAGAGUUGGUCCGGACAGGAAAUGCUGUUUUAAAAGCAGAGAUAGUGUCUGCGGACGGGAGCCGCGCUGCAGAGACAGAGAUAGCGGACAAUAAAAAUGGGACAUAUGAGGUGGGCUACACAUUACGCUCUGAGGGAGAGUACUCUUUCUCUCUGUUGCUCUACGGCCAGCCGAUACGUGGCAGCCCCUUCCGCCUACGGGCGGUCAAGCCCUCAGAUGUGCCACAAUCUCCAGAUGACGUGAAGAGGAGGGUGAAGUCUCCCAGCGGGACAGGGGGCCACAUACGGCAGAAGGCGGUACGACGGCCUUCCAGCAUGUACAGCACCACCAAGAAAAAGGAGAACCCCAUCGAGGAUGAGCUCAUCUACAGAGUUGGUACCCGGGGCAGAGAAAAGGGGGAGUUCACAAAUCUACAGGGAAUCUCAGCCUCUUGUAAUGGCAGAGUGGUGGUGGCUGACAGCAACAACCAGUGCAUACAGGUAUUCUCCAAUGAUGGCCAGUUUAAGAUGCGCUUUGGGGUCAGAGGUCGGUCUCCGGGGCAGUUACAGAGACCGACAGGUGUCACUGUGGACAUGAAUGGUGACAUUGUGGUGGCCGACUACGACAAUCGAUGGGUCAGCAUCUUCUCAUCUGACGGCAAGUUUAAGAAUAAGAUUGGUGCAGGCCGGCUCAUGGGUCCUAAGGGAGUGGCUGUGGAUAAGAACGGGCACAUCAUCACUGUGGACAACAAGGCCUGCUGUGUCUUCAUCUUUCAGUCCAAUGGGAAGCUGGUGACUAAGUUUGGAGGCAGGGGGACGUCUGACAGACAGUUUGCAGAAAAACUUGGCCCAAACUUAAAUAAAUCUGGCUCAAUUUUCAGUCCGCACUUUGUUGCAGUGAACAACAAGAAUGAAAUUAUUGUGACCGAUUUUCACAAUCACUCUGUGAAGGUGUACAGUGCAGAUGGCGAGUUCUUGUUCAAGUUUGGCUCUCAUGGUGAAGGCAAUGGCCAGUUUAAUGCUCCUACUGGUGUGGCUGUGGAUGCCAAUGGAAACAUCAUUGUAGCUGACUGGGGUAACAGCAGAAUACAGGUGUUUGACAGCACAGGCUCCUUUUUAUCUUACAUUAACACAUCAGCAGACCCGCUGUACGGCCCCCAGGGCCUCGCCCUCACCUCAGAUGGACAUGUGGCUGUUGCAGACUCUGGCAACCACUGCUUUAAGGUUUACAGAUAUCUGCAGUAGACUAAGGGAAGACAUCGCCGACACAACUCUUGCUUAGACAAGUUAACGUCACAUACCGCUUGUGGACACAGAGCUGUAAUGUGCCUGCACACUUUACAGUGGCCCCAGGUUCCACAAAUUAAUUUAUUUCUCAUUUUGUGCACUCAUGUAUUUUAGAAGAUCUAAUAUUCAGACAAAGAAAUCUGAAGAAAAAAAUGUUUACAUGAAAAACAACCCAAACCCCCUAAAAUUCAACUAUAAUUAAAAUGGUUUUUAAAGACAAAAUAAGCUAGUUACCCCAAAAAUUAUUGCAGGAAGUGACAUUAAUUCCCCAAAUAUUCUGUUGAUAAAUGUUAAAAAAGAAAGAAAACAUCCAGAACUAUCUGUCUACCUUAAACUCUCAAAAUGUGUUUUUAACCAAAUCCCCUUGUGAAAAAUGAACUGGAAAUUCAUUUCUGGAACAGCUGUUUCAACUCUAUUUCUCACAAGUGGGACCUCAACAAAAGAUAACCUGCCAGUGUGAAGUUGGUGAUAAAACUGCAGUUUUGGGAGGGCAGUGCGGAUGGGCAACACUCCCGACAACCAGCAAACAAAGCAAGAUACAGAAGCAGAAGUCAACUACGUGGUGAGAAGAUGAUGCUUUGUGAUUGAACAACGCUCAGGCCUUUCCCUCGAACACUGUUGCAUGUCUGUGUGCUCCAAAAAAGAAAAACGACCCUGUCGUCACUGCCUUCAAUUUCUCAUCGGUAAACACAACAGAACAUGCAGACAGGAGUGUGCAAAAGAAAUGGUUUCAUGUUCUAAUUCUGCACCUUACCACUCUGACAAGAUCCCAGCACAUGUAUAUAGAUAAUUUGUUUCAGUCAUAAGAUGAGUCGACCUAUAUGCAAGUGUUUUUUUUUGUUUUGGUACCCAAAGACAUCAAGAAGCACAACAUAUAAUAGAACCACAAGGUUUUUGAAUACAUCCGAACCAGCGCCACUUCAACAUUAAGUUCAGUCUCUUCUAGCCGGCCUUUUUCUUCUAUUAACCAAAACAAACCCCCACUAGCUCUUGUACUUUUGUGUAUUCUAGUUGUAUAUAUGCAUAUUUAGGUAUAUAUAUAUAUAUAUAUAUAUAUAUAUAUAUAUAUAUAUAUAUAUAUAUAUAUAUAUAUAUAUAUAUGGAUUUGGUGUCCAUGUUACUUCACUAUAUAAUCUACUUAAUGAAUCAAGGAUUUCAACACUGGAGCAUAUACUAAUACAGCAGAAGGUCAUGCCAUGUAGUAGCCGACUGAAUGACUUCCUGACAUCAAACAAACAAACAAAGUUAUUUGCUGUUUUAUUUUUUCAAAGGACUUAAUUUAUUUUUGAUUUUCUUUUCUACAUAAUUUGUUCUGCAAAUUAUUUUUCUAAUCGGUGCAUUUGAGCUGUCUCCUCUUUGCCAAACAUCAUUGUACAUAGGCCUUGUAACUUGUAGCACUGAAAGCAGCUCUCUCUUUUUGCCUCUCCCCAGAGCUCACAUCCAGUCAAAUAGUAACUUUUCCUUCUGCCAAAACGUAUUGUUGUAAGUCUUGGUGAAUUUUGCACAAAAUACAAAUAUUAUAAAAGUUAUAUAGUUUGCAAGAGUAAUAUAUGCCUCUGUGUAUAGUUAUCAUUUAACAUAAUCAGAAAGUGUACUGUAUAUUACAAUCACAAUACUUGUUAUAGCUGACAAGCACCUUUAUCAUGGAUUUUCCAGUAUUUGCAUUCAUUUGCUUGGUAGUUCAAAACUUUUUCUGUGUGGCUCCUUGAGGAACACAACACCAGCUAACAUGAAGUAAAACAGAAAGUGUUUCACCUGUGCUUUCUCAAUAAAUUGUCUAUCCCCGAUAAUUGAUCUGUAAUUCAUUUGUCUUUCCAUCUGCAUUUCUCACUUGGGGAAAACCCUCUGUAAUGACAGAUUUAGUUGACUUUCCUCCUCCAUUAAAUGGACCCCUGUGUUAUUAUGAUUUUUUUUUAUGUCUAUCUCUCACCUGUAACUGACAUGUCUGUGUGAAAUAAAGGAAGCACAUAUAAAUGAAACACUAAAUCAACCAUCUUGUGUAGCCUAUACUGCAUGCUACAAGAGGCCAGUGUUUCAAGAAGUAAUCACUACAUGUAUGUAAUCAUGGCAAUGGUAUGAUUGUAAAUAUUAAAGAAUGACACUAUGAA